CCCGUGGCCGCAGGGCGAGGAAGGUGGAGCCUGGCGCCGUCCCCGCGGCGGGCAGGUGCUGCAUGGCGGCGGGUACCGGCACCCUCGCCCCCUUCCCCGCCGCCCUGCCCGAAUUCCCCUGUCCCCCCCAAAGCAGAGCCCCGAGCCCCCAGGGCUCCCCGGCCGGGGGGGUUCCGCCGGCGGCCGACCUGGUGCUGGGGGCCGCGGCCGGCUGCAUGGCCUGCGUGCUCACCAACCCGCUGGAGGUGGUCAAGACGCGGCUGCAGCUGCAGGGCGAGCUGCGCGCCCCCGGCACCUACCCCCGGCCCUACCGGGGCGUGCUGCGGGCGGCGGGGGCCGUCUGCAGGGCCGACGGGCUGCGGGGGCUGCAGAAGGGCCUGGCCGCCGGCCUCCUCUACCAGGGGCUGAUGAACGGCGUCCGCUUCUACUGCUACUCCUGCGCCCUGGCCGCCGGCUGGACGGGGUGGCCCGGUGGCACCGUGGUCGCCGGGGCGGUGGCCGGGGCCGUGGGGGCCUUCGUGGGCAGCCCCGCGUACCUGGUCAAGACCCACCUCCAGGCCCAGACGCUGGCGGCCGUGGCCGUGGGCCACCAGCACAACCAUGAGAGCAUCUCGAGUGCCUUCGAGAGCAUCUACAGGCAGCACGGUGUGGCGGGGCUGUGGCGGGGAGUGUCGGGCGCCGUGCCUCGCGUGGCCGUGGGCUCAGCCGCGCAGCUCGCCACCUUUGCCUCCGCCAAGGACUGGGUCUGCCAGCACCAGUGGUUCGGGGAGGGCAGCUGGGCCACGGUGCUGGCGGGGGGCAUGGUGAGCGGCGUGGCUGUGGCGGUGACGAUGACGCCUUUUGACGUAGUCAGCACCCGCCUCUACAAUCAGCCCGUGGACGCCGAUGGCACGGGCAAGCUGUACCGGGGGUUUUGGGACUGCUUUGUGCAGAUCUCCAGCAAGGAGGGGCUGCUGGGCUUGUACAAGGGCAUCGGCGCUGUCUACCUCCGCCUCGGCCCCCACACCGUGCUCAGCCUCUUCUUUUGGGACGAGCUCAGGAAGAUGGUGCAGCAGCAGCCACCCCCAGGGCCGUAGGAGUUGGCGGCGGUUAAUAAAGGGAUUUUUUUUU